AAUGAGACCUUUCUGAUAAGCAAUUCGAGAGAGUUUUUCAGAGAGUACUUUGAUGAGUCUAGGAAGCUCUGGUACCUCGCCGCUCCAGCCAUCUUCACCAGUCUUUGCCAGUAUUGUCUUGGCCUCGUUACUCAGGUAUUCUCCGGUCAUAUUAGCACCCUCCACCUCGCCGCUGUCUCCGUCGAAAACUCCGUCAUUGCUGGCUUCUGCCUCGGUGUUAUGCUUGGCAUGGGAAGCGCGUUGGAAACGCUGUGUGGGCAAGCGUUUGGGGCAGGGAGGGUGGACAUGCUUGGGAUAUACAUGCAGAGAUCGUGGGUGAUUGUCAUCGCCACCGCUCUUCUCCUCAGCUUGCUCUACGUCUUCGCCAAGCAGAUUUUGACGGCGAUAGGUCAAACGGCGGCGAUAGCGGAGGCGGCGGGGGUGUUCGCCGUGUGGAUGAUACCGCAGCUCUUCGCUUACGCCGUGAACUUCCCAAUCCAGAAGUUUCUGCAGGCGCAGAGCAAGAUCAUGGCGAUGGCGUGGAUAUCGUCGGUGGCAUUGGUCCUGCACACGGUGUUCAGUUGGUUACUGAUGUUGAAGUUAGGGUUGGGGUUGGUGGGUGCGGCGGUGGUGCUGAACUCGUCGUGGUGGUUCAUAGUGGUGGCUCAGUUGGUGUAUAUUUUCAGCGGGACUUGUGGGCUGGCUUGGACCGGCUUAUCCUUCGAAGCGUUUCGGAAUCUAUGGGCCUUUGUUCGUCUCUCUCUGGCUUCUGCUGUCAUGUUCUGCCUGGAAAUUUGGUAUUUCAUGGCUCUGAUUCUCUUCGCUGGAUACCUAAAGAAUGCAGAGGUUUCCGUGGAUGCCUUGUCUAUCUGCAUGAACAUACUGGGGUUGGCAGUCAUGAUAGCCUUCGGAUUGAACGCAGGCGUAAGUGUGAGAGUGUCGAAUGAACUGGGGGCAGGUCACCCAAGAAAUGCAAAAUUUUCACUAGUGGUUGCUGUGACUACUUCCACUGUGAUUGGUCUAUUGCUCUCCCUAAUUCUGAUCAUAUUCCGGAAUCAGUAUCCUUCCUUGUUUUCAACCAGUUCACAAGUCAAAAAAUUAGUAGUGGAACUCACACCUAUGCUAGCUUUGUGUAUUCUCAUCAACAGUGUGCAACCAGUGCUUUCAGGGGUUGCCAUUGGGGCAGGGUGGCAGAUUGCUGUUGCGUAUAUAAACAUUGCUUGUUACUACCUAUUUGGUGUUCCUCUCGGCCUUAUUCUGGGUUUCAAGUUUGACUUGGGCGUCAUGGGGAUCUGGUCUGGAAUGAUGUCAGGUACCGUUGUACAAACUUGUGUGCUACUCUUCAUGAUCUACAGAACCAACUGGAAUACAGAGGCCUCUCUUGCUGAAGCUAGGAUAAAGAAGUGGGGCGGGUAUAAAGAUUCUGAGGUGAACGAGAUUGAGAAAUGA